AUGGAUUCAAAGGAGCAAAUUCGUGAGGCCGAGUCCUUCAAACGGCUCACCUUCUUGGCCGUAGCCAUCUCUACCAUGGCCACAUUGACUGCCAUUAUUUUGGUGCCAAUGUUGUACAACUACAUGCAACACGUUCAGACCCAGUUGGAUGAGGAACUCGACUUCUGCACCCACCGUACCAACAACUUGUGGGGACAGUACAAGGCUUUGUACGGAGAACAAGCUGCUCGUGAGAAGCGUAACGCCGCCGUUCGCCGCGUGCCAAAGGGACAGAGCAAACAACGCAGAAUGUCCCAACGUGCUCGCGCCGCCGGCACUUACGCUGAUGAUGGAUACGGAGGUGCUCCAGGAUCUCAGCCAGUCAACGGCGCCGGAGCCGGAGACUACGCUCGAGAAUCCGCUGUUGGAGCCGGCUCUGCUGCUGGCGGAGGAUUAAGCUCAGGAAGCUGCUCGUGCGGAGUUGGACAAGCUGGCCCACCAGGACCACCUGGAGUUGACGGAAACGAUGGACACGACGGUCAACCUGGUCCAAACGGAGACAACGGACCAGAUGCCCCAGCCGACCACAUUCCUUCCGAAUCCGACUUCUGCUUCGACUGCCCACCAGGCCCAGCUGGACCACCAGGAAACGCCGGACCAAAGGGACCAAACGGCCAACCAGGACAGCCAGGAGCUGAUGGACAACCAGGAAACUCAGGCACCCAAGGACCACCAGGCCCAGCUGGACCACCCGGAAACGACGGACAGCCAGGAGAAGCCGGAGCUCCAGGACAACCAGGACAAGUCAACGAAGUUCCAGGCAUUCCAGGCCCAGCCGGACCAGCUGGUCCCCCAGGCCCUCCAGGACCAAAUGGUCAACCAGGUGCUCCAGGCAGCUCUCAACCAGGCCCACAAGGACCAGCCGGUGAUGCCGGAGCUCCAGGUCAGCCAGGACAACCAGGAGGCCCAGGAGAAGCCGGACCUGACGGAGAAUCCGGAGUUGGCGGCGGUUGCGAUCACUGCCCUCCACCUCGUACUGCUCCAGGCUACUAA